GGCAGAUCUAAAGGGGAAACCACCGUGAGAAAAAGCAAAAAAAAAAAAAAAGAGAGAGAAAUAGCUCUCACUUUGAAUUACGCGUCAGACGACGCGCUCGAAUGCUGGCCACCACCUAGCACCUCAUUACUCAUUACUGAUUAUAAUCAGCUCGCGACUUCUCCCCUGUUGCUAUCCCACAACACUGCCUGGCAUGGAGCAGGAGCUCCUCCAGCUGCUGGCAGCGACCCAAUCCCCUACCGCCGACACUCGGAAAUCUGCAGAGCUGCAGCUGCUGCACUUAUAUUCGAAUGAAGCGUUUCCCCUGUCGCUCGUCGCCGUUGCAUCUCACGACUCCGUCGAUGCUGCUCUGCGUCAGUCUGCCCUAUCCGUCUUGCGUGCCUUUAUCCUAGCUGCCUGGUCCCCGAAUCUUGAUGAAUUCAAAGGCCAAGUGCUCAUCAAUGAUACCAACAAGACUACUGUGCGCCGUGCUGUCCUCGACCUCGCCACUACCACCGAGACCAACCGCAAGGUCAAGUCGUCUGCCAGCUACGCUGCGAGCAAAAUCGCUGCUGCUGACUUCCCUGACCAAUGGCCAGACUUGCUUCCCUCCCUCCUCAGCAUCAUCAAUGACCCGAAUAGCAGUGACGGCGCCUUACAUGGUGCAUUGAAGGUGUUGCUAGACUUGGUGGAUACUGGUUUCAGCGAGGAGCAGUUCUUCAACGUCGCCCGCGAGCUUGUCUCGACGCUAUUUACUGUGGCCACGAAUGAGUCACGCAAGUCUCUUCUGCGAGCAUUGGCUGUCUCGGUCUUCCGAUCAUGCUUUGACACCUUGGAAAUGGUGCUCGAGCAGCACAAAGCCGCCGUCAAACAAUUCAUGGAUGAAGCUCUUACCGGCUGGUCCCCUUUCUUUCUGAACGUGAUGAAGGCACCUCUACCACAGCGUCCAAGUGAAGAGGAUGAAUUUAAGGAGGACGAUCUCCCUACACAAUGGAGGGGAGCAAUCGCGUUGAAGCUACAGUCGGUCAAGACUGUAAUGAAGAUCCGCUUGGUUUUCCCGACUCUCUUGACCACACAAAGCCCUCAACUGUUUACUACACUGUGGGAGGAAUUGUCCAAUAUCCAAGGCCACUAUUUCGAUAUGUAUAUCGAGGACGAGCGCCAGGGCCGAUUGGAGGACGCUGAUGGCUUGCCAUACACACUAGACUAUCUUGUUCUUGAAGAGAUCGACCUCAUGCAGGCUUUGAUCAAGGCACCACCCGUCAAGGCCGAACUGCAGGCACAACUUCAAAAUGCGGGCCAAGCUGCAACUACUUCUGGGUGGCUUCUAGAAAUAAUCAAACUUGCUACGUCUUACGCUCAAAUCACAACAGAAGAGGAGGGCUUGUGGGAGAUUGACGUGAACCUUUUUUUGUCAGAGGAGACCUCUGUUACAGCCAACUAUACACCAAGAGCAUGUAGUGGUGAUCUUCUCAUCAAGCUUGGAGAGUGGCUCAAAGUCACUGUUGCACAAGCAUUGGUUGGCUACAUCAACAAUCUUUUUGCUGACUCCUCAUCGUCAUGGAAGCUACGAGAGGGCGCACUCUAUGUUCUGAACCAACUGCUGCGCGACUUCAACGAGGUCGAGAAACAGAUUCCUGUAGAUGUGGCAUCUGGUUUCACCAAUAGCAUUCAAUUGGCUCUUCAAAAUGAACAGGAUUUCUUGCGUGCUCGCGGAUAUCUCGUUGCUGGUGCGCUGGCUCAAACAGCAGAGACCGGAUUCCAGCAAGUUGCGGCUGGCUACCUCGAUGCCACGAUGAAAGCGAUUUCACAGGACUCAUCCGAAGUUGUCCAGGUUGCUUCCAUCCGUGUUCUGCAAGAUCUUUUACCUGCUUUACCAUCAACCACAACACAGCCUAUGCAAAUCCCGAUAAUCAGCUCGAUCUCUGAAUUUAUCUCGUCCCAUGAUUUAAGGGAGGAUGCAGAUAACGACGAUCUCAAAGUAACUCUUGCCGAAACGUUACGUGACACGAUCAUGAUUGAAGCCAACGUUGUUCUUGACUCAGCAGCACUCGAUAUUUUAUUCAAUGUGGCUAGCAACGGAGCAGGCAACUUUCAUCUAGUGAUGGUUGUUACGGAAGCGUUCGAAGACAUUGUGCAAUACGUUUCGCAACAAGGAUUUGAUGCGUAUGUGCGACUAUGUGAGAAAGUGCUUCCAUCUUUAACUGGUGCUAUUGAUGUUGGAAAUAUGACUGAAGAGAGCGCGCUUACCGUUCUGGCUGCCGACCUCCUUCGUGCCUUGGCUGACUAUGGCUCGGAACCUCUUCCUAAUGGAUUCGUUGCGACUGUCAUGCCGAAGCUGAACAGGCUACUACUCGACUCCAAUGAUGGAGAGCUCAUCCGUCCUGCUACUUUGGCAGUCCGUCACAUCUUGGCCCAUGACUUCAAUCAAUUCAUCUCAUGGCGCGAACCAGAACAAGGCAAGGAAGCUAUCGAAACUGUUUUGGUGAUAAUCGAUCGUCUCUUAGGACCUAAUGUGGACGACAUUGCAGCAGCUGAGGUGGGCCAGCUUGCUGCAGAAUUGGUAGAAAAAGCAGGAUCGGAAAAGCUGGGCCCUUACUUACCCCAGUUACUCCAAGCAGUUGCACAGCGUCUGAAUACUGCGCAACAGCCCCAAUUUAUUCAGAGUCUUAUUCUUGUAUUCGCCCGUCUAACCUUGAUUAGCGCUCGCGAGGUGGUUGAUUUCUUAGCGCAAGUCAACCUUGGUGGACACAGCGGUUUGAACGUUGUGCUGAGUAAGUGGCUGGAAAACUCGGUCAAUUUUGCUGGAUAUGACGAGAUCAAACAAAAUAUCAUUGCGCUGUCUAAGUUGUAUAACCUCGAGGAUCCUCGCGUUGCGCAAGUGCAGGUAAAAGGUGAUCUCAUCAUUCAAGAUACUGGGCGGAUCAAGACUCGGUCUCAGGCUCGCAACAAUCCAGACCAAUUCACCAGCGUUUCGGCCAAUUUGAAGAUCAUCAAGGUUCUUGUAGAAGAGCUGGCUGGUGCGUCUGGCAACAAGGAUAUUGACGCGGCUGCUGCCGCCGCUUUGGAAGAGGCAGGUGGCAGCGAUGAUGAUGAGUGGGAAGAUAUUCCAAGCAAUACAUUAGACCUUAGCCUAGGCGUCACGAAGCAAGAGCUUAUGGCGUAUGGAGAGGGUGGCAGUGAAAGCGUCUUUGCCGUUCGAAAGCGAGAUGAUGAAACGCAAGGUUUCCUCUUGCAGUUCUUCCAAGAAGCGUCAUCGAAGCCAGGUUUUCAAGAAUUAUUCGCCGCGCUGACACCGUCGGAGCAGGAGAAACUGAGGAGUUUGGGAUGAAGAAAAAACCUGCAAUAUAGAUGAUGUAAUUAAAAGACAAACAGGCAGAAACAGGUUACGAUGUGACGUUGACUCGCUCUACACAUAGCAUAGACAUACUAUUCUUUACUUGUACGUAGACAUUCCAUAUCUUGCGUAGCGGUCGGUGGCUUGAAAAACUGCACGAAUUGAAGAAGCAAUAACUCUAGGCUAAAUGUCGCUCACGACUAAAGUGUGUAAUGUAUCAAGUCAAUAUCUGGCUAGCUGAAUUCAGGAUUAUUACUACGUCGUAUUCACAGAUGAUGC